AUGCGAGCCGGCGCUGCCGACAACCGAUCGGCGCAGUACUGCGGCUCCAUCGGUCUGGAGCACAGUGACGGCGUGCGAGGGCCUUCGGUGGAUGAGGACAGACUGGUGGGGAAAGCAGGCGAGGACGAAGGACGUGAUCUCGCGCUAUUACAGCGCUGUCGUGGUAGUAUCGUGGCGUCACUGCUCGUAUCUACGGCCAGCGUGUCGGCUCUGGUCGUUGUGGGCAACGAUGUGGCAAGCUACGUCGAGGACGGACCAGAGCUGUGUGUCUCGACGGCACCAUGGCAAGAAGACGAUAGAUACGAUGCGUUUGUGAACGUGGAGAUCGGCUCACCGCAGGCAUCAGCGCAGUACCAAGCAGCAGCGUCAGCAUCAGCAGGACUUUCACCCCCAGCAGGGACAAGCCUCGUCAUUGCUUGCCGCGUUCCCGCUGCUGACUCCGCAUCCAUCUCUGUCCGCCCCGACGCCCCCGCCAAGAGCUCCGUUGCGAUCGCCACAAUCACCAGCUUCUGUCCCGACAAGUCCUCCUACAUCACCAAGCCCCCCGACAGCUCCGGCAAUCAAGAGAUCGACGCGGUCAGCGCUGCGACGACCAGCCAGAUCAGUGACGACGGUUUCGCUAGCGACGAAGACUACACGUAUGACGAAGGCGAAGAGAAAGAGGAAGAAGGAGGAGAGACGACUGACGCUGAGUCCGAGACUGACGAGGACCCGCCGCAAGUUGAUGAAGUACCACCUGAGGAGAGGGCGUAUCCCUACGUGCGCGUAGUUGGUACUGAGCGAAUGACAGAUGGAGAGAUCCGAGCGUGGGUGGAAUGGGAGGACACGCUCGAACCUUUUUCCGCCUUGUACCCUGCGGAUGCACGCGCCCUUGCAAGGUACCUGCGCCGACCACAGCAAAUGCCUGUCGGGCCUCCUACAUACCACUACGAGGGUAUACGGGGGAUUCACUAUCCAGCGGACGGCGACCUCAGGGUCUUGAUGAACUGGCCCAAUACACUGGAGCCACUUUCGAACUUGGUACCUGCGGACCGAGAGCAGGUUGAGCGUGCUAACGGUAUUGCAGGCAACUAA